AUGGAAGGAACGAAGAAUCACUGUGAGGUAGUUGUGUUACCCAAAAAGGUGACUGUUAAUACAGAAGAGGGUUAUGUCCUUAACUUUUUGUCAGCAGCAUUGUUGCCAACACCAACCCGGGACAGUGAAGCCAAGAUAUACAUUGUUCUCGAGAAUAACCAAAAGAGAUUGCUUGCCUUCUUAAGUGAGAAGCUUGGGAUCUACCAGGAGAAGAUACAUUGUGAGGUUAGCGAAGAGAAGGUGAUUUUCGAGAUGAGAGGGAAGGGAACCGUCCAUCUCUUUGGUGUAACUGAUGUCACCAUCGACGAGUGCUGCUCAUGUGACGACAUGUGCGAUAUGGAGGAAGAAGACCCAGAGGACAGUGAUUUUGUUGAAAAGGGCGAGGUCGAUGAAGGGAUGGAGUGUGAGGAUGAUGAUGAGUAA